CGCGCGGCAGCGACUUGGGGCCACUUUUCUGGAGCAGCGAGUGCUGUUGCUUCUGCUAUCGCUCGUUUUCCUUUUCCUUCCUUGAUUGAUUCGUGUCGGUUUCUGUCUUCUCUUUAUCGGAGCUGUUCCAGCAGCUGGUCACCGUCGCCGUGCACCUUCUGUGUGCUGCCCCCCUAUCUACUCGUUUAUCUCCGGGCUACCAGACAGGGCUCGGUGGGAUUUGACGGCUCUGUUGAGGGUGAUUAAUUGCGUGCUGCAAGAAAUAGCCGCCUCACAGUCUCUAUCGACAUCAUGAGUUCUGUUCAUAAUGUGCGCCGGAUUGUGUCGGUGGUCGCCUGCACCUUUGUAGCGUUGGCGUGUGGAACCAAUUAUGCGUACUCGGCGUGGGCUCCACAGUUCGCAGAACGGAUGAAGCUGUCGGCGACCCAGACGAACCUCAUUGGUGCGGCUGCAAACCUGGGAAUGUAUGGAUCGGGAUUCCCGCUGGGAUUGCUGACAGAUACUCAUGGCCCCCGCCUGACGUCGCUGAUCGGCGCGUUUUCCCUUGGAAUCGGGUACUAUCCUAUAUAUAAAGCAUAUGUGAACGGGGAGGGAUUUCUCGGGACUUUCUUGUUAUCCUUUUUCGCCUUUCUAAGCGGUCUAGGAGGCUGCUCGGCCUUCUCGGCCGCUAUCAAAGUUGCCGCGUCGAACUUCCCCAGUCACCGGGGCACUGCGACUGCUUUCCCUCUGGCGGCGUUCGGAUUGAGCGCCUUCUUCUGGUCCACCCUAUCGGCCAUCGCUUUCAAAGAUGACACCGCCCAGUUUCUCUUGUUACUGACUAUUGGCACCUUCACGUUGACGCUCCUAUCGGUUCCGUUCCUGCGCAUCUUUCCUUCCCCGGAAUCGUACCAUACGCUGUCACACUACCCCUCCGAUGGAGACCGGACUGAAUCCAGGCGACUACGACCGGCCGGAUCCUCCGAGUUUCAAACUAUUCACGAUGCGUCUGAGGAAGCAGAUAUCAGAGGCUUGGCCAUGUUGUGGAAACCGCAGUUCUGGCAGCUGUUCGCCAUGAUGGCGCUUUUGUCCGGUCUUGGAUUGAUGACCAUCAACAACAUUGGCAACAGUGCCAAGGCACUUUGGAAGUACUACGAUGACAGCGUUACCCCAAAGUUUAUCCAGCAGCAGCAGGUGAUGCACGUUUCGAUCUUGUCGAUUGGCAACUUCUCAGGUCGCCUACUGAGUGGUAUUGGCUCUGAUAUCCUCGUUCAGAAGCUCCACAUGUCGCGCUUCUGGUGCCUGCUCAUUUCCGCCGUCGUCUUCACUCUAACCCAGCUCGCCGGCUCGUCCAUCUCCAACCCACACACGCUGGUUCUUGUGUCGGGCUUCACGGGAGUGGCCUAUGGCUUUCUGUUCGGCGUCUUUCCCUCGCUGACGGCCCAGACCUUCGGCAUCGGCGGCCUGUCCCAGAACUGGGGAGUCAUGAUCCUGGCCCCCGUGCUGAGUGGCAACAUCUUCAACCUCAUCUACGGCCACAUCUACGAUGCCCACUCUGUGAUCACCCCCGAGGGAUCCCGCGACUGCCCCGACGGGCUGCAGUGCUACCAGACUGCCUACUACACGACCAUGGUUUCCGGCAUGGCGGGAAUAGUAGUCUGUAUCUGGAGCAUCUAUAAAGAUAACCAGGCCCAUGGCCACUUUCAGAAGAAGGUUGAACAUGACCGUCUUGCCUGAAGUUUUUUUCUUUUUUUUCUUUCUUUUCAUAUCUUCUCUCUCUAAGGAGUUCUCAUCUUUUUUUACAUUCUUUUUUUUUUCCUUUUCGUUUUAUUCAACUCAUUCCAAC